AUGACUUUUCACUCUUCUUGCCCACAGUCGUCAGUGGACUUACAGACCUCAUGCCCUCUCUUCGUCAAACUUCCACCCGAGCUUCGCAAUCGCGUGUUCGUUUUCGCUUUGACUCCGUCCGUUGACAAAAGCCGGCCAUAUGGACCAACAGAAUAUUACUACCGGCCCAACUUCCGUUUCCGACCCACAGGUCUCGCUGUAUCUCUCCUUCGAACCUGUAAACGCGUCCACGCUGAGACGUCACACUUGCCCGUUCAUAAUUACACGCAUGUCCGUUGGUUCCAUCGGCAGCCAGAUGAGCCUAACAAGGCCAAAGCGGCCUUCGCACAACCACCGGCGAAAUGUCCCUCCUUUCACCUCUUCACACAGCAGUACUGGCUUGAGCAAUGGGGCCGUGGUAGCGUGCACUGGGCGCCUGCGGACUUCAUCGUGCGUUCUCCUCACGUCGUACAUCUGCGUAUCACUCUCCGCCAUGGGGAUUGGUGGUCGUGGGAGUCUUCUGCGAUGCUAAGACUCGAUCCGAAGCAGCAGGGUACAGCAAGAGUGCCGUACACGCAGCCCCAAGACCCUUUUCAGGAGGGUAGCUGGGGCGAUGCAUUCAAGCCUUCCAGCAGCCUGCGUAUUUUUGAACUAGAGUUGGAGACGGUGGAGGGAAAGACGGCCGAACUGGACGAGAUUGUGGAAAGGGCGGAAGGGUGGCGCUUUCCGUUGCGUACUGAAAAAGGGAUGCAGAAGAAGAAAUUGGUCUUGCAGAAAGAAAAGACGAGGAAGCAAGGAUGGUGGGGAGAGAGGCAAUCAGGUGGGACUCAUGUGAACAUUGACCCUAUAGCUGCAAGAAGGAGACUGGAGGAGCACGGGGUGGACUUCACGGUCGAGGAUGGAGAGCCAGAGUGUACAAACACGGGCGACGCCAGAUUGACAUAUUAUGUUGUCACUCUGGUCUUCGAGAAGAGAGAGGUUGAGGGUAUCGAAGAGAUAGGAAUGUCUGACAAAGCGCGUGACAACAUGAGAAGCCUUGUGAACCCCCUUCGGUUGAGUUAG